UAAAAAUUACACAAAAAAUAAGAAAGACCAAUUGAUGAGAUCGUAUAACAUAUUAAUUGUUAAAUAGUUGUAAAGCCGAGAUCUUGGGGAGUAUAUGAAGCAACUAGAAGUGUUUCUCAUAUAUCAAUCUCUUACAUUAUAAUACAAAUUCAAAAUGCAGCAGCCUUUCAUAAAUUCAAAGGAUGAUAUUCAAAUAGAUCUGAAUCAAGUUAGAAUAGAUAUUAUUCACGGUAUACGUGAAUGUAGCGACCGUGGGCUAACGCAAACUGUUAAAUGGUUGUCAGAAUUAAAUUACGCGCUAAAGGAUCACAAAAUAAAUAAUAUACAAUCAAUUUACGAUGAUGGUAUACUCCCAGAUGAGCGUGAGACAUAUUUGUUAGCAAAAAGCUAUUUCGAUUGCCAGGAGUAUGAUAGAAGUGCGCACUUUUUGGAAAAUUGUAACAGUCCUAAAUGUGUAUUUUUAUUCAGAUACUCACAAUAUAUGUCCAGUGAGAAGAAAAGACUAGAUAACUCUACUGAUAUAGGUCCAGACAAUUCAGAGUCAACACAAGUGUUGUUAGAUUUACUAUCAUUUUUUAAGGCAAAUCAUAAUAAUUUAGAUGGUUACCUGCUGUAUUUAGAAGGAGUUAUUUUAAAGAAAUUAGAUCUGAGAAGUCAAGCAGUCUCAGUUCUACAAUCUGCAGUGGCUGCGGUACCAACACUUUGGGCUGCAUGGGUGGAACUUGCUGGUUUAGCAAAUGAGUAUGAAGCAUUGGAUUCCUUACAGCUGCCGAAACAUUGGAUGAUGUAUUUUUUUGCAGCUCAUGCAUUUGUUGAGUUAAAAUUAUCAGAACAGGCUUUAGAAGCAUAUAUUGGUUUAGCAAAUGCUGGUUUUAACAAAAGCACAUAUGUGACAGCACAAAUGGCAAUUGCUCAUCAUGAUAGAAGAGAUGUGGAUUCAGCGUUGGCAUUAUUUGGUGAACUUUAUCAGAAUGAUCCAUACCGGCUUGACAAUUGGGAUGUUUACUCUCACUUGUUGUAUUUGAAAGAGAAGCGUAUGGAAUUAGCAAAAUUAGCGCAAAAAGCUGUCUCCAUUGAUAAAUAUAGAGUAGAAACAUGUUGUGUUGUUGGUAACUAUUACAGUCUGAGAAGUGAACAUCAAAAGGCUGUAGUGUAUUUCCAAAGGGCUUUAUCUCUGGACCCACAAUAUCUUUCAGCUUGGAUACUAAUGGGCCAUGAAUUUAUUGAAUUGCAGAACUCUAAUGCUGCUAUUCAGUGCUAUAGACAAGCAAUUGAUGUUAAUAGAAAUGACUACAGAGCAUGGAAUGGAUUGGGUCAGGCAUAUGAAAUUUUAGGUUUAAACGGCUACUGUAUAUAUUACUACUCAAGAGCUGCACAACUAAAGCCUGACGAUUCCAGAAUGUUGGUAUCACUCGGAGAGGCUUACGAGAAAAUGGAGAAGAUACCUAAUGCUCUGAAAUGUUAUUACAAAGCACAUAGUACGGGUGAUAUUGAAGGCAUGGCAUUAUUUAAGUUGGCCAAAUUAUACGAAAAGUCAAACAUGCCGAACAGUGCGGCGGCAGCGUACACAGCAGCUUGCCAAGAGCCCGGCAAUGCAGGCAGUAAAGAGCUGCCUCCUGCGCAGCGUUACCUCGCGCAGUACUACCUGCGCUUCGCCCUGCUCGACCACGCCGCGCACUAUGCCUAUAAAUGUCUCGAGCACGAAAGCACCAAAGAAGCCGGUAAAAAUAUAUUAAAAGCUAUAUCAGAGAAGCGAUUGGCCGCUUCGUCUUCACAAUGUGCAAAUUUGCCCGAAGACUUGCCAGAUGCUAUCAAAAAUAUAUCUACCUCAUCGUUAAGUCACGACGCAUCGAAAACUCCAUUCCCCAGCCCCAACACUGCGCCUGAUAACUUCUCUACACCGAUGUACUCGAAGAAGAGUAGUAAAUACAAAAUGUGACAUACAAGUGUAAGGAAAAGUAAAAUGUAAAGAGACAUACCAAAGUGUUGUGACAUGUUUCUAAUUGUGAAUGGAAAGUAUUUUCAUUUUCACUAUCCUCUUACUGCUGUACUGUAAAAAGUAGAAUUAUAUCAUUCUUUUCAUGCUUAAAACCUUUUAGAUGCUGUGCUGUCUAUACUGGAAAAAAUGUAA